CUUGUCAGUAUUGACCGCCUAGCUCUUGUGCCUGUGUAUAAUUCACUUUWACACGAAUUUUCUACCAGUUUUUGCACCGAAUGACGUGAAAACUGGAAGAUUAAAAAAACACUGGAGACGCUCGAGCUGCGCCUGCGCACUGAUGAGCAAACGUUUUCCCAGCUCGAGCUGCAGUAGGUAUGUUUCUUUUUCUUCAAAAUUAGCAGCUGCCGUUUCGACGAGCAGGCGAAAAGGGAAAGUGCAGGAAGGAGAUUUUAACCACCGUCGGUCGAGACGAACGGAUGGCCUCGGGCGUCCCGGCCGCACAGAGCCGAUAAUGUGUGGUCAGAGUCCCCAUGUGUUUCCAAAGAUCUCCGUGGAUUGAGAUGUUCCAUUUUAACCAUGGCGAAGAGUCUGUUUCCACGGGCCUGGGUGAAAAAGUCCUUCUUCUUCCAGGCUCGGAUCUCCUUCGUGCGGGUGAAGUACCUGUUCCUCACGUGGCUGACCGUGCUGGUGGGCAGCUGGGUGCUCUACUUGCAGUACACAGCCUACACAGAGCUGUGCAGAGGACACGAGUGCAAGAACGCCAUCUGUGAUAAAUAUAGGAGGGGGAUCAUUGAUGGCUCAGCCUGCGCCAGUCUGUGUGACAAAGAAACACUUUACCUGGGCAGGUGUCUGUCUACACUAACAAAUAACCAGGUGUACACAGGAGGCUGGGGAGAGCAAAGUGGGAUUAUCCGCUGCAAUCUGGGAAAGGUGGUGCACUAUGAGCUGGGAGAAGAACCAGAGCCACGAAGAGAGGCCCUCAUGUUCGACAAGCCUACCAGAGGCACCUCAGUGGAGAAGUUCAAAGAGAUGGUCUUCAACCACCUCAAGUUCAAGCUUGGAGAGCACACCAACCUCGCGACCCUCGUCAGCCAGAUCCUCUCUGUCGCAGACGGCAACAAAGAUGGACGAGUGUCGUUACAAGAAGCCCGAUCAAUGUGGGCUCUACUACAAAUGGAUGAGGUACUGCUGGGCCUGCUGCUCCAGGACCGUGGACACACUCCUCGCCUCCUUGGCUUCUGUGGAGACCUCUACAUGACGGAGCGAGUCCCUUAUGGACCCUUGUAUGGGUUCUCGCUGCCCUGGCCCCUUGUUUCCUGGGUSCCUGGUGGUCUGCAGCGCACCAUGGACCAGUGGUUCACGCCGUCGUGGCCUCACAAAGUCAAAAUCUCCAUGGGUCUGCUGGAGCUGGUGGAGGACGUCUUCCACGGCACCUACGGCAGCUUCCUGAUCUGCGACUUCGCCGCAGCUCACUUCGGCUACACGGACCGCCACGAGCUGCGUCUGACCGACGCGCGAGUGCUGGUUCCCGAGGACGAGUUCCGACGCAACGUGCGGGUCCUGAAGUGCGAGUCGGACGCAGACUGYGUGUACGGGGCGGACUGCAGGACGUCCUGCGACCCGCUGGAGAGGCGGUGCAGGGAGGAGCCCGUCCAGCCCAACCUGGCCAAGGCGUGCGGCGCGCUGAAGGACUACCUCCUGCGUGGGGCGCCUCCCGGGAUGCGGGAGGAGCUGGAACGGCAGCUGUACGCCUGCAUGGCUCUCAGGGGUCACGCUGGGCAGAUGAACAUGGAGCACUCGCUGAUCCUCAACAACCUGAAAGCUCUGUUGUGGAGACAGAUCUCCCACACCAAGGACUCGUGACGUCCUGCUGUGGAGCAGGAACCACGCUGGAGUCRUUUCUGUCCAACAAACAUGGUGGUCCUGCCUCUUCUGUUCCACUCUCUGAAGUUUAGGGCCCAAAAUAUCUUUAGUUUUAUAAGAACUUCACUGCACAUAAUUUUUGACUGUGUAACUUUACAAACGACACCACCAAUAUUUGUGUUUAUUUAGACUUUUUAUAAGAAAAAAAGAACAGAUUUAUUUUUCAAAGUCA